ACAACUCUUGGGUUGAUGAAAGAGCACAAAAAACAUAUGAAACAUAUCAAGGUAAGUUGCAACAAGCUUCCAAAAAUGGGGAAGCGUCUAGUAGUUGUAGCCAAGUGGUUAAUGCGGAAGCUCGCUUAGACAUGUGGGUCCAAUCUGUUGGGGGGAAGAAUAAAGGGAGGAUCUAUGGUGCUGGAGAUAGAUCCUCACUUUAUAGACCAGGUGUCGCAAGUCUAGUCCCAGAUUCUCGUCCAUCUAGAGGUUGUGUCAAUGUCUUGUCUCAACACUCUACCGAGAUAGCUGCACAGAUAGCAGCAUUCGAGGAGCGAGCAAAAGCGGCAGAACACGAGGCACGAGAGGCGCGGGAGGAGCUAAGGAAAGCAGAGCAACGUCGACAAGAGGAUGAGCAACGCACUAAAGAGCUCCAGAUACAGCUAGCAACAUUGGCAAAAAGUGUUGCUUCCAUACAGGCUGAGUCAUCUCGUCGUCGUCGUCAUCCAGAUUAUGACGAGGAUGAGUCUAAUGAUGAUGACGGCGAUGAGUAGUACUUAUUUCAUUGUUAGUUUCGUAUAGUAGUACUUUGAAACUUAUGGUAGUGACAAUAUGUAUUUUGGUUAUGUGUAUUUUGAAACUUAUGGUUAUGUGUAUUUUGAA